AUGGGCCAACCAGGACAACCAGGACAACCAGGACAACCAGGACAACCUAGCCAACCAGGAUUCCCAGCUCAACCAGGUCAACAAGGAGGACCUAAUCAACCAGGACAACCUGGCCAACCUGGCUACCCAGGCCAGCCAGGACAACCAGGCCAACCAGGCCAACCCGGCUAUCCAGGUCAACCCGGACAACCAGGCCAACCAGGCUAUCCAGGUCAACCCGGACAACCAGGACAACCAGGAUACCCAGCACAACCAGGUCAACAAGAAGGUCCUAAUCAACCAGGUCAACCCGGACAACAAGGCCAACCAGGCUACCCAGGUCAACCAAGCCAACCAGGACAACCAGGAUACCCAGCACAACCAGGUCAACAAGGAGGACCCAACCAACCAGGACAACCUGGAAAACCAGAACAACCUAGCCAACCAGGCUACCCAGGCCAGCCAGGGCAACCCGGCCAACCAGGACAACCUGGAUAUCCAGGUCAACCCGGACAACCAGGCUAUCCAGGCACUCCAGGCCAAUCAGGUGGUGAUUCAAUUGGUGCACCUUCUGGAACAGGAGUACAACCUCCAGUUUAUCCUCCGGGAGGUCAAUACAUGCCACCAUUCCCGAUCUAUGUUAUUCCAUAUCCACUACCAAUCGUCCCUAGUCCAGGGUCAUGCCCAUGCUACCUUCUUAAUCCAGGCAAUAACAGCAGUAGUACAGCUAUCUCUCAAGGUCAGAUGACAAAUCAGAAUCAAUACUAUUCACCUUAUGGUAUAAUAGGGUUUCUGCCAGUAGUUUUUGUUCCAAGCUGUCCAGGGAGCACAACUGAUAUGCAAACAGCGCAACAAAAUUUCCCCAAUGCAGUACCAGUAUCUUACAACUGCGCUCAGUGCCAAGCUAAUAGAGACAUCUAUAGAUUCUUGGGCAGAUUUGGUGGAGGUCGUAGUGUAAAUUUAACAGACUUAAAAGAAAUUAAGUCUCUACCAGAACUCGAAAGCUUAUUAAUGAACGAAAUAAAAGUUCCCAAGAAGAAUCUACGCCGAAUUGCGGUACAUGCACGCGCUCUUAAUGGCGAAAAAGCUGAAAAGAAAGUUAUAUUAAAUACGAAAAAUUAAAUAAAUAGAAUUCGAAUAUUUUAAUUGUAAGUAGUUCAAUAAGGGAUAAGCGGUAAAAAUUUUGGAACUGGCCGAUUUAUACUUGGACGGUUUCGAAAUUUUCAAGUUGAGUAACUUCUGCUGUUUUACAUUUGCCCAAAUUACUGAAAAUUGUAUUACAAAAAAUAUGUAUAUUUAAAAUUUAUUUGAUGUAUAGAAAAUCGAAAGAUAUUUUAUAAAAUAUACGAAUUACUCAACUUUUAUGUAUAAUUUUAACGGCACAUUAUAUGUAUAAUGUAAAGUUGUUGUUAAGUCUAAAAAUAGAGUAAAGUAAAUUUAUAAUUAAAA